AUGGAUUGGACACAGCUUCGGCGACCUGACAGUACCCCAACCCUCGUGCUUUCCUUUGGUGGCAUGGUCGUUAGAGGACAGUACGACUUUACCCCUAGACCGCCUCGUACCACGAUUACUCGUAGUGCGGGGUCUCGCUGCUCUUCGUCUGGCUGCUCCCCUUUGGCCUUCCUGGCAUGGUUAGACCUUUUGGAACGAAGUUCCAGCCAGUGUAGCCCGCGGGAUCAUCAUCAUCGACGGCAUGACAUCAGUGUUCAAUACCGAUGCUUCACUGCCCCUUAUUGUAAAGAAAAGAGUAAGGGUGGACGGGGGAGGGACUUAGUGCUAGCUUACCACAAUCAUUCCGAGGUGCCUGUACCUCCAGACAUUCACUCAGGCGAUCUGGAUAGAAACUGA